AUGAAAAACAACCCUGACUUAGAGAAAGACUAUAUAUUUAAUAAUUUAGUCAAAAGAGACAAACAAGAAAGAAUGCCGGGCUUCAAACUUCAGAAAGGUGACAAAGUAAAAAUAGAAAUACCCAAACGCGACCCAUAUGAAAAUACUAUUGACUAUGACAACAAUGGGAACCCGACAGGUACUCACAUUCGUGUUCGUAAAAAUAGAAGAAAGUAUACAAGAGAAUAUUAUGAAGUUUUAGGCAAACAUGGCAAAAUGUACACACUGCAAGCAGAAGAUAAAACUACUAUUGUCAGACCUCGUUUCAAACUUGUCAAAGUUCAAGGUGGUAUACUUUCAAAGACAGUUCCUAACAAAUAUAAGACAACUCCUGACGAAUAUGCUAAAGAAGUUGAAAAUGACGACUAA